AUGUCUCUAAGUAAGUCUGCUGCCAAUAAAUUAGAUUGGGCUAAAGUUAUCACCUCUUUGAAGUUGUCCGGAUCCACUGCAACUCAACUAUCAAAUUUCAAAAAGAGGAAUGACGAAGCAAGAAGACAACUAUUGGAAUUACAAUCCAAACCAACUACAGUCGAUUUCAACCACUAUAGAUCCAUUUUACAAAAUUCAGAAAUUGUAGAUAAAAUUGAAUCAUUUUAUAAAUCAUAUACUCCAGUGACAUUAGAUAUUAAAAGUCAAUUAAAUUCUUUAAGUAAAUUUGAAAAUCAUGCAAUGGAGAACGCAAAGGAAACAGAAUCCAUGGUAGCAUCAGAAUUGAAAGCUUUAGAUGAAACUUUACAAAAUAUUCAAAAUGCAAGACCUUUCGAUCAAUUAACUGUAGAUGAAUUGGUACAAGCAAAACCUGAAAUAGAUGAAAAAGUGGAAAAAAUGGUCAAAACAGGUCAAUGGGAUGUCCCUGGGUAUAAGGAGAAGUUUGGUGACUUGACCAUAAUGUAA